UUCAAAAUGUCACUUCCUACAUAAACACGUGUGAAAUUGACACAUUCUACACAAUACAUUCAGGAAAUGAUUUAUUAGCAACAUUAUGGAAGGACUUGACAAAGAACACUUGGAAAAGGAGUUUGGUCCGUUCCUGAACCCUGAAGCCAAACUGGAUGUUAAGGGUAUUGCCAUAGAGUACUUCCUAGGACUCAGUGGUGGAAAAGAAGGAUGUUUAUUUGUAGGCAACAGUGACAAAUUUCUGGAGGGGAUUGUUUCUCUUCUCAAAGACAACACCAAAGACAUUGUUGAAAAGAGUUACAAGACUUUGAUCAACCUAACAAACCUGGAAACAGCAUCUAAUCAUCUUUUAUCUUUGCCUUCCUACCCCAACUUGGCUGCUGAAUUUGUUAAAGAGAUGCUGGAUCCAGAGUUUGAAAUGGCAGAUUAUGUUUGUCAAUUAGUUUCUAAUGUGACUAGAACUGAAAACUGUGCUCUGAAGGUUGCUUCAGUAUUGCUUCACACUGAUCAAGGUGUUCCCAAUCUGGUAAAUGUUCUUUGCAGUACCAAACACAAUCCAAAAGCUAACCUUCAUCACUUGGCAACAGUGCUUGGCAACCUGACCCAGAUUCGUGAAAUCAGGUCAAAGGUCAUGGCUGAAGAUCAGUUUGUCGUUCAGAGACUUCUACCUUUUAUCGAGUUCAAGGAUUCAAAAACACGUCGCCAUGGGAUCAUAGCUUGUUUAAAGAAUUGCUGCUUUGAUGUUGAUUGCCAUGAAUGGUUGUUAAGUGAUACUGUUGACCUGUUGCCACGGUUACUGCUUCCUCUGGCUGGUCCAGAGGAGUUUGAUGACGAUGACAAUGAAAAGCUACCAGAUGACCUACAGUACUUGCCCCCAGACAAAAUACGUGAGCCUGACCCAGAAAUCAGGAAGAUGCUCAUUGAGACAAUCUUCAAGUUAUGUGCAACAAAGAAUGGUCGGCAUUUUGUGAAGGAGAAAAACACUUACAUCAUUAUGCGUGAAUAUCACAAAUGGGAGGAGCAUGAAGCCAACUUCCACGCUUUGAUGAACUUGAUUGACUUAUUGAUUGCGGAUGAGCCAGAGCCUGGUAUGGAGAACCUUGACACUCUAGAAAUACCGCAGGAUAUUGAGGAAAAAUUUUUGAAACAGGACAAACAGCGGGAAGAAAUGGAGACAACUGACCAAACAUAGUUCAUGGUCAGGCUCUGAAGAUGCUUUUUCUACAUGAAACCACAUCAUGGCAUACUGCCCCAAAAGACUAUUCCUUUGCUCUUCUACACAACAGUAGUUGAAAUGAGACAGACAAUGGAAAGAAAUGGAGAUUUGUUCAUUGACGAUAACAGUUGUUGAUGAAUAAAGGCAUUAGCUCAUGAAUGACGUGAUCCUCCUGCAGGCCCCGAUAAAAGGACAUCUCACAAUCAAUAUAUGUCAUAACAUUAAAUAGCUCUACACCCUUCUGACAUUUUUUCUGCUUUCCACUGCCGGUAUACCUGGUUCAUUACACCACAUUUUUUGUUUCAAGUGAACUUUACUGUGAUGUUGUCCAAUGUUGCAUUAAAUUUUGAGAAAAUAUAUGAAAUCAACAAUGAUGUAUAGAUGUCAUUUAUAAAUUCAUAAAUGCCAGUGGGAGUUCAUGUAUAAACUGCAGUAACGGGCAUGAAAUUCUAAUGAAACUUUGUAAAUUUAAAAAAAAUCAGUUCAUGGAUAUUAGUUGAUCGACAGCAAGUAAAGAACAUGUUUUAAUAGAUGUUUACUGGAGUAUUUACUUCACCUGUACGUAGGGCAAGUGAGCUUAAUACUGGAGUAUUUACCUCACUUGUCCGUAGGGCAAGUGAGCUUAAUACUGGAGUAUUUACCUCGCCUGUAUGUAGGGCAAGUGAGCUUAUGCUAUUGAAUUACAACCAUGUUCUAUCGGUUCCUACCAACUUAUCAAGUUUUUAUUAAACAACUUAUUCUCAUUAACUUUGGUCUUGAUAUAUUCCAUUAGCAUCCAGAGACGGAUGACCUCUACCCGCUGUCAAGGCCACAGAGGUCAAGUAUGUUAAAUUUGAAAAACAACUACUUCUGAACAACCAGAAGGUUUUUUGUUAAGAUACCAGGCUAUCAGCAUACAUAUUAAUUCAUGGGAAGGCCUUUAACCACAAAGUCACAAUCUUUACACAACUUUAAAUAAUCAAAUGUCCUGGGUCUGUGUUAUAUAGAGUCUGGGAAAUAAGAUGUAUUCAGAAUGGGAUGUAAAGAGGGGAGUAUCAUGGAUAAAGUCAUUUGACAAAGUCUUAUUUCACAUCCGAAAGGGUUUUAAGUACUAAAUUUGACUUGUUUAAAUGUAAAUGUUUUUGGAGUUGUAAAAUUCCUAUAUUUUUAAGUCUGUUAGAUUUCAUUGUUGAUCUUCACAUUAGUGUUGCAUCUAUUGUGCUACUAAAUAGGACAUAUUUCUUAUGUUAUGGAAUAAUAAAAUAAUCAAAGACAA